AUGCGGCGGCCCGGCUUCCUCGCGAUGCACGGCGCGUAUAUUGUCGUCAUGGGCCUGCUGUCACUGCCGGUGCUGUACCCUCUCGGCAACCUGUCCGCCGUGGACGCCUACUUUAUGGGCUGCAGCGCGUCGACAGAGUCUGGCCUCAACACGUAG